AAGAAAAAAACACAAAUUCCGAAAUAUGCGCGGGUCCUGGGUGGCUUCAAACUAACGAUAGUUUGCUUUAUUCUCGAUCAAUUCCGAAAACGACACGAGAUUCGUCUUGUGUUUGAUUCUCGUACUCACAAACAACAUAAUACCCUCAUCCCUCGAGAAAGUCGAGGUUAACCAUACCAACAACAAAACCCCCCCUUCUUCGGUCACUCACCACCAUAAUUCAUUCUAUCAUCCUCUUCGUGUUUUUUUUUUCUUCUUUCACGCUCUUUCUUUCAUCAUCAAAACACUUCUCCCCAGGUAUGCUGUGUAAAAUUAAUCAAUAUUUCACCGAUUAAUUGUACUUAUUGAUUAAUUAAUUGAUUGUUAUGUGGAGAUUCUUUGUCUUUGAUUGGGAUUUGGAAGUGAGAAAAAAAGGACAAAAUGAAAUUCGGGUCUGCAUUCAGAGAAUAUCUGCAGGAGGAACGGGAGUGGCUCGUGGACCAGAAAUGUGCCCACGUUGAAUAUAUAAGGUUAAAGAAAGUGUUGAAGACUUGCCAGAAAGAUACCUCUUCUUCUGAUAACAAGGACCAGUUAUGUCACUGUCAGUCUUGCCCAUUGUGUGAUCAACAGUUCUUCUCUGAGUUGAUGAAGGAAGCAUCAGAUGUAGUAGGAUACUUUAGUUCAAGAGUUAAGAAUCUCCUUCAUCUUCAUAUUGCAACAGGAAUGCAGAGAUAUGUAUUGCGUUUGCGCCAGUGCUUUAAAGAUGAUAGGCAAGCCCUUACCCAAGAAGGGAGGAUUCUAAUUGAGUACAUUGCAAUGAAUGCUAUUGCAAUGAGGAAAAUACUUAAGAAAUAUGAUAAAGUACACAGCUCUGUGAAUGGAGAGAAUUUCAAAUCUAGGAUGCAUGCCGAACACAUUGAAAUUUUGCACUCACCUUGGCUAAUUGAGUUGGGUGCUUUUUAUCUGAAUUCUAGUGGACUGGAUAGUUGUGACCUUGAUGGAGUCUAUGGUCGCUUUUCAUGUGAGCUAAACAUAACUAAAGCUGUAAUGACAUUGGUUCUUCCCGAUUCUAUUAAUCUCGAGCAUGAUCUUACUUGUGCAAUUUGCCUGGAUUUUGUUUUCAACCCAUAUGCUUUGAGUUGUGGUCAUAUCUUCUGCAAGUCAUGUGCUUGCUCAGCUGCCUCUGUGAUGAUUUUUCAAGGCCUUAAAGCUGCAAGUCCUGAGUCAAAGUGUCCUAUAUGCAGAGAGGUUGGAGUUUAUUCUAAGGCCGUGCAUAUGUUAGAACUUGAUCUGCUUGUGAAAAGAAGGUGCAAAGACUACUGGAAAGAGAGGCUAGCUGGUGAACGGGGUGAUAAGUUGAAGCAAUCCAAUGACUACUGGAAUUUACAGUCCACAUAUUCAAUUGGAUUGAUGUAGGCUUUUAUACUUUGGCCAUCGAAUCAUCCGAGUAGUAGUGUUGUUAACAAAUAGAAACCCCAGGAAAAGCAUAACAUGAUUUUGAGUUUGUCCUUUGGCCUUGACUGAACUGUUGUAAGUGAGGUAGGAUUUAAUUAGUUCUUAAGACCUUAGCAUGAAGAGGAAAAUAGCAAAUAAAAACGAGCACUUUGGAAAGUGGCAUCCUCAACCGUCACUUUUUCAAAAUUUUAAGGCAGAGCCGGUGAUAGUCUAGUCAUAUUAUUUUUUAUGUCAAAGGAAGUUAUCAAAUAAAUGUUGUUAUAUUUAAACGUUAAAUUUUAUGUGAACA